AUGCGUAACGUCAAAACUGAAAGAUCUAUGCAGUUUAACUAUGGAGAUGGUGCUAUAGGAUAUGUACAAGUAUUAAGAGAAAAGGGGAUGUGUACAGUCGAAGCAAAAAUCUGCCCAGAACAUAGAAUACGAAAUAAAAAUUAUACUGUCAGAGUAGUAAUAAAUGAAAAGGACAAUACUGUGAUGAGUACUAUUUGUGAUGACUGCGCUACUUCAAUGGGUGGUUGCAGACAUGCUGUGGCUUUAUUAGCUUGGAUUCAUCGUCGCACCGGAGAGCCUGCUCCUACAUCUAUCGCAUGCUAUUGGAAGAAACCAAAACUAUCCGACGUUGGAACAAGUAUUAAAUAUAAGAAAAUUUUGGAUAUAUUACCAUUAGGAUCUAUUGCUGCAGAUGGCAAAAAUGAUAAUCAACAGGAGACUUUUCUUGAAAAGAUAUUAAAAUCAGGAAAAUCAGACACUGGCAGUCAUCUCAUAAAAUUUUUUAGCAAAAGUUUGCUCCAAGGGUUAUCAAUGCACCAGAAUGCUGUAUUGCAUAAUGGUGACAAACAGGAUGUACAAGUAUUUCUCGAUUAUGUUGCUGCAAAAUUAACCAAUGAAGCUUGUACAGCAGCGUGCUCUACUACGAUGAAUCAAAAUGAAAACCACAGUUGGUAUGAACUGCGUUAUGGACGUAUCACUGCAUCGGUGAUAUAUGAAGCUGCACAUUCUAACACAAUUGAUGGAACUUUGGUAGAAAAAAUCUUGAGUCCACAAAGUUUUGAUACGAUUGCAAUGAAAAGAGGAAGAAUGUUGGAAUCUCAAAUGCUACAAAAAGUGACUAAUCGAUUGCAAAAAAAAAUAGACAAGUGUGGACUCCUACUAAGUGCCAAAUUUCCUGAAUUUGGUGCUUCCCCAGAUGGUAUUUGUGAUGAUGCUGUUAUUGAAGUGAAGUGUCGAAUGAGUUCAAGGACUGUAAAAAAUUAUUAUACUGAUGGAAAAGUUCAUAAUAAGUUCAAGGCCCAGAUUCAGCUGCAAAUGCUUUUUCAUGAGAAAAAUGAAGGAUAUUUUUGCAUCGCAGAUCCAGGAUUUGAAGACAAUGGAAAUGUUUCCAUUGUAAUAGAGAAUUUCGAUGAAAAUUAUAUGACAGCAGUGAUGAAGAGAGCAAGUGCUUUUUGGAAAAUUUUAAUGAAACCAAAAAUGGAUGAUCAAAAUAGAAUACAAAAAUAA